UAAACCGAACCUAAAUUCCUCCAGACAUCCACAAAUCACUUUUGAUCUUUUAUUCGGAUUAAAGGAUAAAAUCACAUUCAUCUUUAUCUUCUUUGCCUCUUUGAUUUUUUCGAUCUCGUAACAAAAAAUGGAGGUUUCAGUGAUUGGUAACCCUCAAGCGAAGAUCUGCCGAGCUGAAUUAUCCUUCAGGGAGCUCGGGUUUCGAUUUGGGUCCGGUGAAUCGAGAAAUAAAGUUAGUUUCUUGGCCCACCAAGGCUCGAAAUGGAAGGAGAUUCGGAUCCGGUGCUCUCCGAGAUCCGUCAAAUGCGAAGCCGUCGUCUCCGAUCAAGCUCCGUUUCUGAAACCCACUUCAAACUCUAGAUCGCUUGAGAGCGUGAAACUAUUCGUUGGGCUUCCUCUGGACACAGUUUCUGACUGCAACAACGUGAACCACAUGAAAGCUAUAACCGCUGGGCUCAAAGCUUUGAAGCUACUCGGAGUUGAAGGAGUUGAGUUACCAGUCUUCUGGGGUGUUGUUGAGAGAGAAGCUGCGGGGAAAUAUGAUUGGUCAGGGUACUUAGCUGUGGCGGAGAUUGUUAAGAAGGUUGGACUCAAGCUUCAGGUGUCACUCUCUUUUCAUGGGUCCAAAGACCCGGAGAUUGGUCUCCCUGACUGGGUGGCAAAGAUAGGGGAGGCUGAGCCUGGGAUGUAUUUUACGGACAGAUAUGGGAAACAAUAUAAAGAUUGCUUGUCUUUUGGAGUUGAUGAUGUUCCUGUUCUUGAUGGGAAGACUCCUUUGGAGGUUUAUGGGGGUUUCUGCGAGAGCUUCAAGUCUGCUUUCUCUGACUACAUGGGCAACACAAUCACGGGAAUCACAUUAGGUAUGGGACCAGACGGGGAGCUAAGAUAUCCUUCUCAUCAACACGAGGCUAACCUCUCUGGCGCAGGAGAGUUCCAGUGUUACGACAAACACAUGCUUUCAGCUCUCAAACACUACGCUGAGUCAUCAGGCAACCCUCUUUGGGGACUCGGUGGUCCACACGACGCUCCUGCUUACGAUCAGCAGCCUCAUUCCACUUCUUUCUUCUCAGACGGCGGGUCAUGGGAGUCUCAGUAUGGAGAUUUCUUCUUGACUUGGUACUCGUCUCUUCUCACCUCCCAUGCGGACCGAGUCCUCUCCGUUGCUUCAUCCGCAUUUAGCGGAAGUGGAGUGUCAGUAAGUGGGAAGUUGCCUCUCUUGCACCAAUGGAGCAAGCUGAGAUCUCAGCCUUCUGAGUUAACAGCUGGAUUCUACAGCUCUAAUGGUCACGACAGGUACGAGGCCAUCGCGGAGGUCUUUGCAAAGAACUCUUGUAGAAUGAUAGUACCUGGAAUGGAUCUAUCUGACGAGCACCAGUCACCGGCCUCUCUCUCCAGCCCUGAGUUUUUACUUGGCAGCAUCAAAGCAUCGUGUAAGAGACAAGGAGUGGUUGUUUCAGGGCAAAACUUGUCUGCUUCGGUCCCUGGUGGGUUCGAGAGGAUCGUUGAGAAUCUGAAGGAUGAGAGUGUGGGAAUUGAUCUGUUUACUUACCAGAGAAUGGGAGCUCUUUUCUUCUCUCCUGAGCAUUUCCAUGCUUUCACAGUCUUUGUUCGGAACAUGAACCAGGUUGAGCUGUCUUCGUAUGAUCAAGCGGUAGAGGCUGAGGCUCAGACAGUGAGCAUAGGUUCAGGGGCUGGUGCACAUAGUUUGCAAACCGCUUGAUGAGUAUUUAAUAUUUGUACGUAAAUAAGAAAAGAAAGGCUCUUGUUAUUUAGUAUUUAUAUAGUUUUGUCAUAUUCCUGUACAAUUAUUUGUAUCCGUGUAUUCAUAAAACAUGAAUCCUGAAGUUUUAAGACAGAGAGAGAUCUCUUGUUUCCUUGUAGUA